AGCGGCCGCACAAAGCUGCGUGGACCCCGAUGUGAGCGGAUCUCCGUGGGGUCCCAGAUCCUCCCGUGGACUGGAUGCUUUUCCUCUCUGAGGAUUUUUAGUCACGCGGAUCAGAUGAGCUGAAACCGGUGGCCAAGAGGGACGGCCGGAGGACAAAUGGACGAAGAGCAGAGAGAGAGUAGAUGAGAAAGUAGAAAGAGGGGCGCCGCUUUCACUGCAGGGUUUGAAGAGGAAGAACCUGAAGGCGCUGUGAUGACAGCGAUCCUAACCACCUCGUUCUGAAGUUGAUGCUGGAAGCGUUUUCCCUGGAGCCAUCCGUUCCUGCGCCAUGGAGAAGACAUACUCACUAACCGCCCACUACGACGAGUUCCAGGAAAUAAAGUACGGCGGUCGCUACAGCAGUGACAUCCUCAGCAACGGCAUGACCCUCCACCUGGGGGGCAGUUUGGACCGCCACAUGGGGCGAGGAAGAGGAGGGACCUGGUCUAAUGGGCGCAGCAAAGAUCAGAGCGGCGGCAGCAGCAGCGGGGGCCUUCCUCGCUGGAGCAGGAGGGAGAUCUGCCUCCUGUCAGCCUUGGUCUUUGCUGCAGGGAUGUGCGUCAUCCUGGGGAGCAUGUUGGCCCUCAAGUACAUUUCACUGGAUGCCCAGCAGGACCCGCUGUGCCGACAGGACUGCCAACGCAAACGCUCCCUCCUGCGGGCGGCGCGCUUUGUCCAGGCCAAUAUCGACCCCACCAUCCAGCCCUGCCAGGACUUCUACUCCUUCGCCUGCGGCGGCUGGCUGAGGCGCCACGGCAUCCCAGAGGACAAGCUCAGCUACGGCAUCAUCACCGCGAUCGGAGAGCAUAACGAGGAGAAGCUACAGCGCCUCCUGCUGGAGCCAAUUCAGAGACGGGGGCCGGAAUCCGCAGAACGCAAGGUGAAGGAGUUCUACCGCUCCUGCAUCAGCAUCCAGGAGAUCGAUAAGCUGGGGUCGGAGCCCAUGACGGAGGUGCUGGACAGCUGUGGAGGAUGGGACCUGGCUGGAGCUCCUCCGGGCGCCGCCGGGUGGGAGAGGGAGGGCGCCCCCCAGAGGCCAGACUUCAACGAGCUGCUCUACAGGACGCAGGGGGUUUACAGCACCGCCGUCUUCUUCUCGCUGACGGUCAACGUGGACGAUAAGAACUCGUCCAGGAACGCCAUCAGGAUUGAUCAGGAGGGACUGACCCUGCCGGAGAGAAGCCUGUACCUGGGCCAGGAUGAGGACAGCGUCAAGAUCUUGGCGGCAUACAAGGCCCUGAUGGAGCGCCUGCUGAGCAUGCUGGGCGCUCACAACGCCACGCAGAAGUCCAAGGAGAUUAUCGAGCUGGAGACCCAACUGGCCAAUAUCACUGUGUCCGAGUACGAUGACCAAAGAAAAGACAUCAGCACCAUGUAUAACCGCAUCACCCUCAGGCAGCUGCAGCGCAUCGCACCUAGCCUUCACUGGAAGCGCUUGCUGGACCGGAUUUUCCAUGACAACUUUUCAGAGGAUGAAGAGAUCGUGGUUCUGGCCACCGAUUACAUACAGAAAGUCUCUGACAUCAUCAAGAACACUUCGAAGAGAGUCCUUCAUAACUACAUGCUGUGGCGCAUCGUGGCGGCGCUCAGCGAGCACCUGUCCACUGCCUUCAGGAGCACCAUCCAUGAGUUUUCCAGGGAGAUCGACGGCACCGAGCAGCAGCUGGAGCUGGGCCGCCUCUGCCUCACGCAGGCCAACAAGCACUUCGGCAUGGCGUUGGGGGCGCUGUUCGUCCAGAAGCACUUCUCCUCACAGAGCAAGGCUAAGGUACAGGAGCUGGUAGAGGACAUUAAACACUCUCUGGACCUUCGGCUGCAGGAACUUGACUGGAUGGACGACGCCACCAAGGAGGCGGCCAGAGCAAAGCUCAAGCACAUGAUGGUGAUGACCGGAUACCCAGACUUCCUGCUCAAACCUGAGCUCAUUGAUCAGGAGUAUGGGUUCGAUGUGAGCGAGAAAACCUACUUCAAGAAUAUCCUGAACAGCAUAAAAUUCAACAUCAAGCUGUCCAUCAAGAAAAUACAUGAAGAAGUGGACAAGACAGCGUGGCUUCUCCCCCCGCAGGCUCUUAAUGCCUACUACCUCCCCAACAAGAACCAGAUGGUCUUUCCUGCCGGCAUCCUGCAGCCCACCCUCUACAACCCCGAGUUUCCUCAGUCUCUGAACUAUGGAGGAAUCGGAGCUAUAAUCGGACAUGAGCUGACCCACGGCUACGAUGACUGGGUGAUGCAAUGGUUCAUGUCCCCAGGGGGCCAGUACGACCGCCAUGGCAACCUCAAACAAUGGUGGACUCAGGAGUCCUACAGGAAGUUCCAGAGGAAGGCGGAAUGCAUCGUCAAGCUCUACGAUAACUUCACGGUAUAUAACCAGAAGGUGAACGGCCGCCUCACAUUAGGGGAGAACAUCGCUGACAUGGGAGGACUCAAGCUUUCCUACUAUGCAUAUCAGAAAUGGGUGCGAGAACACGGUCCGGAGCGGCCCCUCCCUGGCCUGAAAUACACCCACGAACAGCUGCUCUUCAUCGCCUUCGCUCAGAACUGGUGCAUGAAGAGAAGAUCUCAGUCCAUCUACCUGCAGCUGCUCACCGACAAACACGCUCCAGAGCACUACAGGGUGCUCGGCAGCGUCUCCCAGUUCGAUGAGUUUUCCCGUGUUUUCCACUGUCCCAGAGGUUCUCCGAUGAACCCGGUGGAGAAAUGCUCCGUCUGGUGACCUGCUGGAUUUUAACCUGUUCCUUCAUCAUCAUCAUCAUCAUGCGCCACCAAAGCUCAGAGCGCCGCCGUCACGCCGAGCGCGGCUCAUGCUGCGUCACGCCGAGCGCGGCUCAUGCUGCUCUUACUUGUGUACAUAAAUCAUUAUAAAUAUUUUUAUAGGUUUGAAUUUAUUUUGAAAUCAGCUAUUUUUCUAUGUAGCAGAUAAACAUCAUAUAGAUUUAUUUCUUAUCACGUGUUCAUGUUCUAUUGUUUGUUUAUUUUGUAUAGAGAAAAGACCACUCUAAAGCCAAUCUGGAUUUUAAACAUCUAUGUUCCAGUGAAACCAGUAGGAAGGCUUUGCAGGUUUCAGCUCUACCAUAGAGCUCCAGCUGGUUAAUGAUGGGCGGCGCCGGCUGCUCAGCGAUGGCUGAGGAGGAGGAGAGGACUGCGUUAGCUUUGGAGAGGCUAAUGCUAGGCGUGAUCGACUCACUGAUCUCUAUUAUUCACUGGAUCGCUGAUUGGCUGUUAGUAGCGCAUGGUGCUGUGAAUUCACUAGCCGCCAUAUUGGUACUCCCUAGUUAGACGGGUAUGAAUGUAAACAAUCUGCAGCAUCGAACAACCAGGAUGUUCUCAUUUUCAGGGAGACUUAAGACUUUUAAAAUAAAGAUAAAUUCAUCACUUUGACACAGACUGGCUGCUUUAUAGCUUCAGUAGAUUAACUUUAACUUAAAAUAAAAUAAAUCCACAUCAAACUGCAGAGUCAUUAUGAAAGUCUGUGAAUCAUGUAAUUUAACAUAAUAUACAAAUUCAUCACAAUAAAAUCAAUGUGAUAAUGGAGCAGAAUAACACUGCAGUCACAUAUUAUGAAUAUUACACACACACACACACACACACACACACACACAGUCUAAUGAUGAUCCAAAAGUGCUAAAUUGAUGAUUUAUAUGUAAUAUACAUGAAUUGAUUUCAUUUUUAUAGUAAAGAAUUCAACUUUCAGUUGUCCUUCCACUGUCAGCCGUACAGAGCAACGAAAUUCCCUCUCUGCAUUUAACCCCUCCCCUCGGGGAGCAGAGUGGGGUUAAGGGUCUUGCUCAGGGACCCAGAGUGGCAGUCUGUGGGAGUUGAACUCAGAACCUCAGGAUCCAAAGCCCUAACCACUAGACCGCCACUCACCCAUUAUGGUAAUUAGAUCACAUUACAGGCAUUUUUAUGGCGCGACUCUGUGAAAGUGGGGAGUACCAAGAUGGCGACAGGCCAUUCGUUUUUUUCAGUCUAUCAGCAAU